AUGUUGGAUCCCUUGCCGCCACCCCCGGCAUGGCUACGAAGCUUCAUAGAACCAUACGCCGUGUACUUGAACAGCCCAACGCUUUCCGAGCACAUCCAUGAGGUCAUAGGCGCCUUCAUAUUCUAUUCCGUCAUCCAUGCAAUCGUCUCGCCUUGGCUCUCGCCGAUCCUCUUCCCGCAGUCUUACAACGCCCUCAAACCUCGGACCAAGCUGAACUGGGACAUCCAUGUUGUCUCUUUCGUUCAGAGCGUGGUCAUCACGGUCUCCGCUUUGUGGGUUAUGUACUCUGACACCGAGCGCAGCGAGAUGUCCUCCGGCGAGCGGGUCUUCGCAUACACAGGUGCCUGCGGCCUGAUCCAGGCUCUUGCUGUUGGAUAUUUCGUUUACGAUUUGAUCGUCAGUGUCAUAUACGUGCGCAUGUUCGGUAUUGGUAUGCUUUUCCAUGCCAUCAGCGCUCUGUGGGUGUUCAGUCUCGGUUUUAGACCCUUCCUCAACUACUAUGCCCCGACAUUUAUCCUCUAUGAGCUUUCAAGCCCGUUCCUCAAUAUCCACUGGUUCCUCGACAAGCUCAACAUGACCGGCGGCCGCACCCAAUGGUACAACGGCAUAGCCCUACUCUCCACAUUCUUCGCAUGCCGCCUUGUCUGGGGAACAUGGCAAUCGGUGAUCGUCUACGGCGACAUGUGGAACGCGCUCCAGCACACCUGGAACGCAUCCUCGGCGCCGCUCUCCGAGCCCGUCAGCGUCAACGCUGCAGUCUUCUACCCCGCCCGCGACGGCAGCAUGUGCAUCAACGAGAACUGUGCUAGGGCUAAUGCCGAGAUCACCAGGUUCAAGGAUUUCACUGCGGCCGGCGUGCCGACUUGGCUGGUCGUCACUUACGUGGGAUCGAAUUUGAUUCUCAACCUCUUGAAUAUUAUUUGGUUCUCGAAGAUGGUUGAGACGGUUCGAAAGCGCUUUAGGCAACCUGAUGAGGAUGUGAAGGGGGAUGUUGCGCAUGAUGCUGUUCUUGAGGCUGUUGCGAAGCUCGAGAAGGAGGAGACUGCGGUAUUGCGGGGUGAUCUUUCCUCUCUGCAGGGGCAGGUUGCUUCGGGUGUGGAUUCUGGUGUUGCUGAUGAUUUGCGCAAGCGGAGGGCGGAACUUGUUGCGAAGGUUCCUUUGCCCGGUGCUUGA